AUGACGGAAUCUUGGGAACGGAAGGGGCGGCCAGCUUUGAUUGCUGCGCUAGAGUCUGUGUGCGACACAAUUGGCCAUGACAUUGAGGCCGAGGUUCGACAAAGAGAAGAUAGACGGAAUGCAACUUUUGAAAUAGAACUGCAGCAGCUCAAAGAUGCUGCCUCUAGGGCCGAGGUCCUUGAACAAGAGAAUCGAUCUCUCCGCCAAGAGCUGGAGCAGCUGCGACAGAAGCACACCAAGCCACCGAUAUUACCAGCCAAGUACGAUGUCAACACUCCGGUCCGACGAGUCCUCGGGGAAUUUUCCCCUAACAGAACGAUCCGCGCGCCGAGUACGGUUUCAUCAUCGGGCGACAUCGAGAACCCGGACUGGGAAAAGAAUUAUGGCAAACUUUGGAAGAAGAAGGAGCAGGUGGAGGAACGACUCAAGAAGGUGCAGGAGAGUUACGACACUGCAAGGGAGGUGUCAAAAGCUGCACGAGAGGAGAGAGACACGUGGAUCACGUAUGCCGAUGCCUUGGAGAGGAAGAUUAACAAGCUGGAAACAAGACUGAAGCAGCAAGAUGCGAAUACUCGACACCAUGCAGAGGGGACUGGUACGGAGCGGGCGAUUAUAUAUGAGUCCCGUGAAUCACCAAGCGAUUUAGGGCUCAAUACGGACUCGUUGUCGCAUCUUUCCCCUGGGCCCAGACCGAACGAAGCAGAUUAUACCAUGAGACACUCUACUCCGGCUUUUGACGAGCUCCACAGACGAGGGAGAAUAGUCAGUAUCGAGCAAGGUCCAUCUGCUGAGGAUGGUGCAUCUGAUGAUCCAGACCAACCCACGGAGGCGCCUGAGCUCCCACCGUUACCACCUUGCAAACGGGAGGCCAGUCCUAUCAGGGUCAAAGAAGAACCUUCGUCUGAUGGCCCGAUUGUUGUUUCUGAGCGCAGUCUGCGUAAGCGGAAACACGCGUCCGAUAACAACAACAACAACAACAACAUGCCUCCUCCACCUCGCAAGAUCAAAACCGAAGUCAGUUCCGACCCGGUAGUGAUGGGUGAAGCAGCUGUCUUUGCCCCCCAUGAAAGCAUUGACCUGGACGAGGGUUCUAGGGGCAUGCCGACACCCAGAAAGCAACGUGAAAUCUGGCGCCAAACUCUUCGUGAGGACGAUGAUGGCACUCCGCAACCCGAUCAAACCUCCAGACUGCUGUAUCCGAGAACGACAGCCGGGAACCCAUCAACCGCACCGAGACCGACCCUGUUUAUUGCAGAGAGUGUUGAACUAGCCCAACAAAGCAUGUCGGAGGUUUCGGACAUCUCACGCAAGCAGAGGACAGCUCAAAACACUCAUCGAAACCUGGAUUAUGAAGUUGCCGAAGUCGCCGAGGAUGGGUCUGACGAAGAAUUUGAGCCAUGGCGGCCAACCAAGCCGCCCAAGAAGGCUGCUGGAAGACUCCAAUCAUUUCCCGACAAGGCCUCACCAGAAUCCGAGGUCACUCCUCUCAGACCUCUCCAUCCAGUUCGCGGGGGCAUAGAAUCACCAUCAACUGUUUCACGGCCGAGGCAGGCCAACGACAGAACGUCCAGACCCAAAGCACGUCGGCUUCGAGAUAAGCCAUUGGGACAGCUGAGACUUGAGGAUUUCAAAGUAAACCCCAAGUUCAACAACGGUCACAAACAUGCCUUCAACGAAGUCGUGCGUGGCAAGGCUGACCGGGCCGAGUUGACAGGGUGCAAUGACUACAACUGCUGCGGUCGACAUUACCGGGCCGUUGCAGAGUCUGAAUUCAACGCGACAGGCUCCGGCGUGUUGUCCCGCAUGGCAGAUAUCCAAAUGAUGGAGGAGUACCUGGGACCCCAUGCCCAUAAACUAAUCGAGAUGACACGUGAGGAACGGCGGGAAACUUGGAUGAAAGCAAAGAGCCAGCAAAUAGCAAACAAGUUUGGACGGCAUCGCGAGAGAUUUCAGAGGCAACCGUCCCCGCCUGGUUAUUGGAACCCUGAUAUGCCUACGACGCAGGAAAUGGAAGAGAACAGAGAAGAGGCAGCGAGGAGGGGGAGGAAGCAAAUCGAGGAGCGGUGGCGAGAUGCCAUGAAAGUUGGUGGUGGGAAAUGGAUGUUUAAAGAUGAGUGA